AAUUAAGGUUGUUUGCUUUGUCUUUAUGUCUUUGUACUUGGGUGAUUCAUAGCAACAAUAUAUGAAAACAUGUUUUCAUCUCGAGGAAUCAUGUUUAUUUACUUUCAGCCUUUCACUGCCGCAUCUUGACCAGUUGGCUUACAGUGACAGCUUUAUUCUAUGCGAUGAAAUCACUCACCGUUAUCGACUCGUGUUUGAUGAAAACAUUCGCUUCGAUUAAGUUGCGUUUGAGUGUGCUCUUUCAACUCUUCAAUGUUUGUUGUAAGAUCAUUAAUGUUUGUUGUAAGAUCAUUAAUACUUGCAGAGAAUGCGGCUAUAAAGAUCUCCCCUUCAUCCCAACAUCUCAAGAUCUCCGCAGCUUUUUAAAUAGAGAUCUCACGAUGGAGGAGGACAUCCCUGAAAGCUACAGGCCAGACCCUCCAGGCAACAUCGAAGCGAUAUGGCACAUGUGCCAUACUCCCAAUACAGAUCUCUUUCCCUAUCCAAACAACAAAAGCCCGAUUAUCCCAUCAACAUCAGAUCUAGACGAUGACUGGCUUCUCGCCGCAUCUAGAAGAGUAAGCAUUUUCAUGAAUCGCAGCACCAGCCCCAACAUCCGUCAGCAAAAAGACGAGCACAUCCAAUUCUUCUUCUGGACGGCUCUCGACCGAUCAAACCGCCGCUACAAAGACGUCAACGCUCCUAACGCACGCCUCUGGGAAUUCCACGAUAUGCACGGUAUGCUGGCCUGGUAGCGCGAGAUCACGCACUCCCCGCAUCUCGAGGAGACACAACAAGCCCAUGAAGACGGUCUCUGGCGCCAUGUGCUUCUCAGUUCCCCC